GGAAGGAACAGGAAAAAAAAAACCCCCCGCUCGUUUCGUUUCUCCACACUUUUUCUCUCUUUAUUUUUUUUCACACCCCACUCUUAAAAUAUGCUGGCCACACGUUCCAUCUUGAAGACAGUUGCUCAAAAUCCCUCUGUUCUUAGAAGUACCAUUGCCACUCCUGCAUUCGGCGUCAGACACUUCAACGCUUCUCGCAAGGCUCAAGAACAAUGUGCUGCUGCUGAAUCCGAAAUCUUGCGUCAACAACGUAAAUUCCGUCCUGUUUCCCCUCAUUUGACUAUUUACAAGAAGCAAAUCACUGCUGUCUUGUCUGCUUUUCACAGAAUUACCGGUGCUGCUCUCGGUGGUGCUUUCUAUGUUGGUGCUCUUUCAUACCUCGCUGCUCCUGCUUUGGGUUACACCAUCGACACUGCCAGUAUCAUCACUUCCGCUGCUGCUGCUCCUGUCGCAUUGAAGGUUCUUGCCAAGGCCACUGUUUCUGCCCCUUUUGUUUUCCAUAGUCUUAACGGUGUUAGACAUUUGGUUUGGGAUGCUGGUAAAAUGCUUGACAUCAAGCAAGUCUACACCACUGCUUAUGCCGUUCUUGCUGGUACCGCUGUCGGUACUGCUUACUUAACCUUUAUGUAAACGGGGCCAGUUUUUUUAAUUUUUUUUUUUUGGAGUGUACCUGAAAAAAAAAAAAAAGAAAAAGAAAACCAUAAUAAAUAAAAUAUCAUGUGAAUUUUCAUGACACAC